GGAUAAUUCAAGCAAACAGCUGAUUGUCAAAUUGUAAGAAACGCCUCAAGAUGCUCAGGUUGCCGGUAUCUAGAAUUUCCAGCUGUAAAGUAACAAAAAUCGUUAGUGUAACAUUCGCCCGGGGAGUCCAAACUACUAGUGGUGAUACUUUGGGUGAGAAACCGAAAUCGAGACACUAUGACAUCAUCAUUGCAGGCGGUGGACUAGUGGGAACUACCCUAGCAUGCUCUCUAGGAAAGAACAAAAUCCUAGGAGAGAAGAACAUCCUGCUGCUUGAGGGUGGCCCUAAAUUCAAAGGAUUCAGUGGCGGGGAAUAUGCAAAUCGGGUGUCAGCUUUGAACAAUGGAACUAUCAACUUGUUCAAGUCUAUUGGGGCAUGGGACACUAUCGCUUCUGCACGAUAUAAACCUGUUAAGCAAAUGCAUGUUUGGGAUGCAUCCUCUCAUGCUUCGAUUACAUUCAACCAUGAUAACUUUUCCGCUGAUAUUGCGACUAUCAUAGAAAACGACUUAGUCCUUCAUGCGGUCUAUGAGCAGCUGCAGAAGACACCUAACGUCGAAGUGAAAUAUGAAGCGAGAAUAGAAGAUGUUAAGCUGCCUGGAAGUGGUGCAAACAAAAGUGAAAUAGCGAUGAAAGGAGGAGACAAGCUCACAUGCGACUUAUUGGUUGGAGCUGAUGGCAUAAAUUCCUUAGUACGAAAACGUAUGAAUAUUGAACCGUUCACUAUCAACUACAACCAAAUGGGCCUUGUUGCGACGGUGGAGCUUUCUGAUAGUGGCGACAAUUCAGUUGCUUGGCAACGUUUUUUGCCAACAGGACCUGUAGCUUUAUUACCACUCAAUGAUACAACGAGCUCCUUGGUUUGGACACAUACACCGGCACAAGCUAAAGAACUUCAAUCGAUGCCGCCUCAAGAGUUUGUAGAUGCUUUAAAUGAUGCUUUUUACAAAGAUUAUCCAAAAGAUACAAUGACAACAAAUCUAAUGGAUACAUUGAGCACAUUUUGUUCAGCUAAGACAAUUCGACAAUAUCCUCCAGCUAUAGUAGCGGUAAAAGACAAAUCGCGUGCGUGUUUCCCAUUAGGAUUUGGUCAUGCUCCUUCCUAUGUAGCUCAAGGAGCUGCUUUAGUUGGGGACGCAGCUCACCGGGUCCAUCCACUGGCUGGUCAGGGUGUCAAUUUAGGUUUCGGUGAUGUUAAAUGUUUGACCCAAGUUCUAGCUGAUGCUGUUUAUAGUGGUUAUCCAAUAGGCGACAAAAAUGCGUUGCUGAAAUAUGAACGAGAACGAUUAAUGAAAAAUGUGCCAAUUAUGUUUGGUAUUCAUGGAUUGCAGCAGCUAUAUAGUACCACCUUUAGUCCUGUAGUUAUGUUGCGAAGCCUUGGAUUACAAAUAACACAAAAUUUACCUCCAUUGAAGAAAAUAUUCAUGCAACAAGCGAUGGGAUAAAGUAACAGCUCUAGUUGCAUCACAAUUAUUUGGGGAAAUAAAGAUAUAUGAGGUUUAAGAUUCUAUUUUUGUUAACGAUUAAAUAGAUUUUGGUAUAUUCUGAACAA